CCCGGGAGGGGGGCGGGCAUUGUUCGCAGUCACCGCUGCUACGGGCCAUGGGGGCCGCCUGGCGCCCUGGGCUAGGCCUGGCGAGGUCUCCGUGCCCCCGCUGAGGCGGGCUUCGUGCUCAGCCCAGCGGCCCAGGUGAGGCAAGCCGCGCCAUGGUGGACCCCGUGGGCUUCGCCGAGGCGUGGAAGGCGCAGUUCCCGGACUCGGAGCCGCCGCGCAUGGAGCUGCGCUCUGUGGGUGACAUCGAGCAGGAACUGGAGCGCUGCAAGGCCUCCAUUCGGCGCCUGGAGCAGGAGGUGAACCAGGAGCGCUUCCGCAUGAUCUACCUGCAGACGCUCCUGGCCAAGGAGAAGAAGAGCUAUGACCGGCAGCGCUGGGGCUUCCGGCGCGCGGCGCAGCCCCCCGACGGCGCUGCCGAGCCCCGCGCUCCCGCAACGCGCCCGCCGCCCUUGCCCGCCGACGGCACUGAUCCGCCACCGCCCGAAGAGCCUGAUGCUCGGCCCGACGGAGAAGGGUCUCCGGGCAAGGCCCGGCCGGCGGCCGCCCGCAGACCCGGGGCCGCUGCUCCCGCAGACCGGGACGACCGAGGACCCCCCACCAGCGUGGCGGCGCUCAGGUCCAACUUCGAGAAGAUCCGCAAAGGCCAUGGCCAGCCUGCCGCGGCGGAUACUGAAAAGCCUUUUUACGUGAACGUAGAGUUUCACCACGAGCGCGGCCUGGUGAAGGUCAACGACAAAGAGGUAUCGGACCGGAUCAGUUCCCUGGGCAGCCAGGCCAUGCAAAUGGAGCGCAAGAAGUCCCAGCAAAGCGCUGGGCAGAGCCUGGGGGAUGCUCCCAGACCCCAUUACCGCGGACGCUCCUCUGAGAGCAGUUGCGGACUCGACGGUGACUAUGAGGACGCCGAGUUGAACCCCCGCUUUCUGAAGGACAACCUGAUCAAUGCCAAUGGCGGCAGCAGGCCCCCUUGGCCGCCCCUGGAGUACCAGCCCUACCAGAGCAUCUAUGUCGGGGGCAUGAUGGUGGAAGGCGAGGGCAAGGGCCCGCUCCUGCGUAGCCAGAGCACCUCGGAGCAGGAGAAGCGCUUGACUUGGCCCCGCAGGUCGUACUCCCCUCGCAGUUUUGAGGACAGUGGAGGUGGCUACACCCCGGACUGCAGCUCCAACGAGAACCUCACCUCCAGUGAGGAGGACUUCUCCUCUGGCCAAUCCAGCCGCGUGUCCCCGAGUCCCACCACCUACCGCGUGUUCCGGGACAAGAGCCGUUCACCCUCGCAGAACUCUCAGCAGUCCUUCGACAGCAGCAGUCCCCCCACCCCGCAGUGUCAAAAAAGGCACCGGCAGUGCCAGGUCGUGGUGUCUGAGGCUACCAUCGUGGGUGUCCGAAAGACGGGGCAGAUCUGGCCCAGUGAUGGGGACAGCACUUUCCAUGGAGACACAGGUGGGUACUUGCAUUUGUGCAGAUUCUUUUAAGGGAGUAGGGGAAACCAAAGAGGAACUUGGCAGAGGGAGAAAUGGAU